AUGUCAGGCAGCUCCACCAGCUCCACCAUUGCCGGGUCCAGCGGCUCCACCAUCGCCGAGUCGAGCAGCUCCACCGAGGCGGGCUCCAGCGCCACCGAGGCUGACUCGCCCAGCGCGUCGAGCGACGAGGAGGUCAUACCCGCAUGGGUCCUGCAGGCCUCGCUCGACUCUGCGGGCCUCUCUAGCACCGCCGGCGAGCGGCUGGCGCGACGCGACGCGAGUCGGCAGCGCCGAGCGGCGCGCAAGAGGCAGCGGCUGCUAGAGACGGACGUGACAGCAGCCGAUGCGGACGCGCGUCUCGCGCAGGAGUGUGCGGACGCGCGGCUCGCGGCGAGGCUUCAGCGCGAGGAGGAGGAGGCCGCCUCGCGCGAGCGAGAUGGCGGAGGCGCCAGCGGGGUUGCAGGCACGCUCGUCGUCUGCCCAAAGAUGCUCGCGCUGCAGUGGGUCGGCGAGGUGCCUGACCGGCACGCCCCAUAUCUCCCUCACAUCUCCCCCACAUCUCCCCGUAUCUCCACCAGGUGCCUGACCGGCACGCCCAUCCAAAACUCGCCCGACGACCUCUUCGCCCUCCUCCGCUUCCUGCGGCUGCCAAAGUACGGCGAGACGCUCGCGGCGUACAAGACACUCGCCCGCCACCCCGACGGGUUGCGCGCGCUGCUCGACUCGCUGAUGCUGCGCCGGCGCAAGGCCGACUCCUUCAACGGCCAGAACUAUGAAUUGGCUGCGGACUCCUUCAACGGCGAGCCGAUCCUCUCGCUGCCGCCGAAGCUCUGCGCGCGGCGCGCCUCGCCCUUCCGCUCGCCCGACGAGGCGGAGGGUGCGGAGGUGUACGCCGCGCUGGAGAGCAAGGCGCAGGUCAUCUUCAACCGCUUCCUGCGGCGAGGCGCCGUGCAGGAAGACUGCCACGCGUGCCCGCUCUGCCGCGAGCCUCUCCGCGCCGACGCCCUCUUCCCGCUCCGCAAGCUUCCCCCCUUUGCCGACGCGGCGAGGCAGAUGGCGCUCGCUCUCGGGCAAGGCGAGGAGGAGGCCGAGGCUGCCACCGGCCCGGAAUCGUCCGAGGCGCCGAGACGCGCGUCGACAAAGAUGAUGCUGUGCCUGGAGGAGGCCCUCGUCUUCUCCUCCUACACCACCUUCCUGGACCUGCUGCAGCCGCUGCUCCGCAGAGGCGGCUUCGGCACUGCGCGCGUGGACGGCGGCCAGUCGAUGGCGGAGCGCGAGCGGCAGAUCGACUCGUUUCGUGCGCCGGGUGGCCCGCCGGUGCUGCUCAUGUCGCUCAAGUGCGGCGUCGGGCUCAACCUGACCGAGGCGACUGCAGUCGACCGCGCCCACCGGAUCGGCCAGCACCGCCCUGUCCGCGUGGUCCGCCUCUCAAUCACCGGCACAGUCGAGGAGCGGAUCCUCGCGCUGCAGGAGAAGAAGCGCCAGAUCGCGGCCGCCACCCUCGGCGACGAGGACGAGGGUGGGCCGGGAGCGGGCGGGGGGCGGCGGCGAGGCGGCCCGAGGCUGACCGACGGCGAGCUGCAAACCCUAUUCGGCGGCUGA